CGCAGAUUAAAUAUUCAGGUUCUAACGUUAGCAGCACCAUAAUAUAAGAACGAUCUUUGAUUAGUAUCAGAAGGGGUUUUGUGGAGAUUGCAGUAAUUUCAACAGUUGACCCAUGAUCUCAACUGUUGAAAUUACUACAAUCCUCACAAUUGAAUAAUUAUUUGGUUGUAUCAACAUUCUUAGUUGAGCAGUUGAAUUUCGUUGGAAGUUAAUUGACCUGAGAAUUUGUAAGCAUCUCAUCAGAGGAUUUACUACGACGGCGAUUCCAACUAACUAAUCGAGUUGCGUUCGAAAAUAAGUUCUAACAAGUAUAGUUUUGACUACCAAACUAACUUAGUUUCAAGCUUGUAUAAAUGUGUUGUUAUCGAAUGCUAGCAAUCGAUAAAAGCUUAUAUGAAUAAAUUUAAGCGACUUUCUGUGUGUUAUCUGAUCGUCGAGUCAUAUUAAUGUGUUGAUAAGAUAGUGUGAUAAUUCUGUGAAAUCCUUAAAGUCUGCUUUGAACCUCACUCAAAUCAUAGCAAAGCUUCACUGUGGACGCAAUACAUCGAAGGCUGAAUUGUAUAAGUGAUCAUCUGGCUUUCUAUAGCUGUGUCGUAAAGCUGUACUUAAAUGCAGCAACUGUGUUUCUUUAUAACUCUAGUUUCAUGCGUCUGUAAACCUAAGGUGCCAAACAAGCUGUUCAUAGUUGUCUGUGGUUUCAAAACGCUGCUAAUAAGCAAUAUUUGCAACAUAUGUUUAAGCGAUAUCAUAACAAGUGUUUAAUAAGUACAUUCGUAGUAAUUUAUCUAACAUAUUAUUGAAGUGGUCUGUGACAUCGUAAAAAAGUACAACGGAUUGUAUGUAUAUAUUGAAGCUAAUAUCUGAUCUGUUUCGAGGAUGAACGGGUAGAUUCAUCAUAAACUACUUUUUAUUUUCUUCACACGUUAAAUUCCGAAAACAAUAUUUCAAAGUACGACAGAAUUAUAUUUUUAGGACCACGUUUCUGUGGUAAGAAUCUCAAGUCAUCUAUUGUAAGAACUUGACUAUAAUCAAGCUGAACACUUAGUUCUAAUAUACUAUGUAGUUGACUAAAACGGUGUAACUAUUUAAUUUAUAUAGCAUUACAUCGGCUCUACACUAUACAAAGGUUCCCUAGUCUACCUCACCUUCGUAUGAUAGCCAUGCUUUAUUGUUUCUUUGGUAUAUCUAGAACAAAGUCUUAUCAGGGUUUAUUUAAAUGAAAAUGGAAAGAAGAAUCGACAGACAAGGUCAUUUAUGCUAUUGCAUGUGCCAAUCUCACACAAAUAAUUCGGCAUUGGAGAUUGUUAAUAUUAUUGAUUUGUAAUAAACCACUUAGUGCCCUGUAGCUAUUUCCAAGUAGGAACAUAUUCGGUGUUGCAGUUAGUUCGGGCAGGGUUGUGUAGUUUCCAAGUCUUUAUAGCAAUUCGCUAAAAGGAUAUGUAGUAUUAGUAACUGCUGUUGAUGCAAUCAAGUCGAAAUCGGAUUUUCACAGUUCGACAAACCACUGGGCUUACUGUAGCCAACAUUAGCUUCCUAACUUCUGGGAACUAAAUUAUUCUUGCUAUUUUAAGAACUAGUGAUAUAUUAUUGACAUUAAAUUUUUUAAAUUGUCCGAUUCUACGUCGAAAAGGCUAAAAUAUUUCAGAUCUUUUGUUUUUUGUAUGCAUUUAUAUCCCUGUCGUUAUUCAUCAUGUAGUCACAUAAGAUCAUCAAACACAAAACAACACUACGAUUUUAAUAAACAAUCAGACUUAACAGAAGUAUCAGCUUUACCAAUUUUCCCAGUAUCCUUUCGGGUUUAGAUCUAAUUGGUUCCGUAGGUAUUAUAUUUUAGGUUGCACUUUCGAAGUACUUGAGGAAUAGUAACUCAGCUUCACAAAAAAAUCAAAAUCCAUGACCCUUAAAUCCCUGAGCUAUGCUCAUGAAAACUUUAAGCAUACCUAUACAGUCAACACAUAAUUUUUAUUCUCAGUAUCUGUUGAGAUUUUACUGCGAACGAAAAUCCAUUCUAUUCUGCCAUUAUAAGGACGUAGGAAUCCUCAGUCAAUGCUGGAAUUUUUCGAUGCAUUUCAAAGAGUGAAUUUAAAAAUAAAGUUCUAGCGAUCAUGUAUCUUAAUACAUCGUAAAUCUUGAUUCGUUUUACUGCACAACUUUUGAAUCAACAAUAACUUGAAGUUGAGAACACUAAAUAGAAUGAAGACUAGGCCCUAGUUUGUUCAUAAUGUUUAGGCUGUUAACCUUAAUCACAAAAAUGUUAUUGAUACCGGCAAAGUCUUCUAACAAAGUUCAUCAGAAUUACAAGUCACCUACAAAAUAUGUGCAUUCAUUCUAAUUUAGUUUAUGAGAACACAUCAUUCUUAAUAUCGAAGCAAUAAAAAUCAGAACAAACCAAAAAAAUUUGGCCAUUAGGUGUUCAGACAAAUUUUAGCCUUCGUAAGCUAAUAUUUAUUCCUAAACCCAUAGCGGUUGACAGCUGACCGAAAUAUUAGAGAAGUGAAGUGUGUAGCAUUCUCAUGUGAAACAAAAUCACUAAGUUUAAUAACAUCAGACCAAGAUUAUAUUGAUAGACACAAAGAAUUCAUAAUCGUUCUUAUCCUAGAUCAUUCUAAAUUUCGUCGGUCAUUGGAUGCAGUGUUCUUACAAUGGAAAAUGAACACUCUAAUGAUAUUGUUUUCCAAGGUCAUACGGAUUCAGUAACAAGCUUAAGUUACAACGACCAACUUGAACAUGUCGUCUCAGUGAGUUGCGACCAAACACUGCGCGUGUGGUCUCUUAAAACGAGGGAACAAAUAGGUAUCACAUCAAAACAUGCUACACAACUCAACAGCGUAAACAUAGACAGUAAUGGGUUAAAUAUUAUAUCAAGUGGGAUGGAUUUUAGAACCUGUUUGUUUGAUUAUGAAACUUUAAAACUCAAGUUUGUCCUACUGAACGGAGGUGCAGUUACUGAUCAUUCAAUCACCAAGGAUGGUAAUUGUUUGGUAUGUGUUACUGAUAUCAGCUGCCAAAUGAACUUAUGGGAUUUAAGAUGGCGAAAGAAAGUUUUUUCGAUUCCAGAUAUUCACGAAAAUACACCAACAUGUUGUCUGUUUACUCCGAAUGAAAAUUGUGUAGUUACAACAUCAACAGAUGGAUCCGCAAAAUGCACAGACUUGCGAUCUCUCAAAACAUUACUGACCUUGCGUGAUCAUAGGAAUGCUGUAUCAUCGGCAGCCAUCGCUAGAGACGGAAAGUUGCUGGUAACAACAUCAUGGGACAAAGCGGUUCAUCUAUACGACAUUGAGACUGGAAACUACAGGAGAGAGGGACCACAGAUUUUAGCUGAUGGUCACACUGGUUCUAUAAGUAGCUGUGACAUAGACGAUAAUGGGAUCUAUCUGGCGACUGGAGGUCACGACAAGUGUGUUAUAUUAUGGGAUACUGAGAAAAAAGAAGUCAAGCUGUGUCUCAAGAGACAUACAGAUUGGAUUAAUGACGUACAUAUGACGAAAGAUGGGAAGUGGAUUCUAACAGCAUCAAAAGUAGAUCCUAUUAUCAAUACCAACUUUUAGGACAGACUGAUAAGGUCAUGGAAUAUGGAAGUGAUUGAGAGGUUGCCAUUUAGUUAUUUACCUGGCAAUGAGCAAACUGUUCUUACUUUAAAGUGCCCUAACUGUGAAAAAAACUUCAUCCAGACAGUAACAAGUGACUGGAGAAGAAGACCCAAGUGCUUAUUUUGUGACCUCGAUGCAAAGACAAACAAUUAAAAGAUAUGCGACUGACUAAGACGAUAUCAGCGCAAUGAAAAGUCAACGACAAAAUAACAAUAAAAGAUUUAAUGUCUAAGUAUUUUUU